CAAUUCCCACCCGCUUGUGCCACCCAUCUUUUAGCCUGCAGUUACCGUCCUCCAGAGCAUUCCAGACUGGCCCAUUCUUUAGCCUUUUAUAUAAACGCUCUUACCCUCUGUGCGGGAGGGUUUGUCUCCAAAUAACAAUGGCUGUGACGGUCCUGGGCAAGCGCCAACGGAGUGCCGUCGAGACAGAAGCCCCCCAGUUGCUCCUUCGCAGUGGAAGCAAGCGCCGAGCUCAGCCGCCCCGCAUUCGUGAAGAGCGCGAGUCCACCCUUCCACAAACACGUCAACUCCGAUCCAGGACGAUAGACAAUGCGACUGUCAUUGAGCAAGAGAACGCAAGUCCGAAAAAGCUCGAAUUCUCUGCCGGCCGCACGUCGGAGCACGGUUCAAGGACAGACAAGGUUGCUUCGCCCGUCAAGCGUGAUUCUACCACUGAGUCUAUCACUGACGAAAACUCGAUACCAAUCGAGUUCAACACACCUUCGAAGUCAAGAUAUCGGGAUGUACUAGACUCCCCGCCGAUCACACCCAAACACCGCGUUCAGGUUGGCGCCAAACCCUUGACGCCGCGUACUCCCCGACAGGCGACAACGCCGACAACUGCCACCACCGCACAGACUGUUUACACACAAGCGAGGCAGUUGUUCGCCCGAGGCGCAUCAUCCACGCAGAUUAUUGGCAGAGAGGCCGAACGGGAAAAGCUACGCAGUUUCGUACAAGACGGCUUAGACACCCGCACAGGUGGCUGCUUGUAUGUGAGUGGUCCCCCUGGUACCGGUAAAAGUGCGUUGGUCCAGGAAGUCUGCAAGGAAAUGGACCUUCGAUCAGCCAAGGUGUCACACAUAAACUGUGCGAGCAUACGAGCCGCCCGUGAUGUUUACAGCAAGCUUAUUGAAGAUCUGUGCGAGGAUUAUGAGGUCUUCAAAAAGAGCGAAGCGGACCGUCUGCGAAUGAUGUUCACAUCGAACAGAAAGCAGACUGAUCUAUAUCUAGUAACCCUAGACGAAAUUGACCAUCUUCUUACUGCGGAUGCCUGUAUUCUGCAGUCCUUAUUCGAGUGGUCUCUACAAAGCGAGUCAAAGCUAAUGCUCAUCGGAAUCGCAAACGCGCUCGAUUUGACUGACCGGUCGCUGCCGCAGUUGAAGGCUAAGAACCUGAAGCCACGUCUACUGCCAUUUCUGCCUUACAAUGCUGCUCAAAUUGCUGGGGUCAUUAGUGGCCGGCUUCGUUCUCUUCUUCCCGAGGGCCACAGUGCGGAUGCAAACUUCGUUCCUUUUGUGCAGCCCGCUGCCAUUCAACUUUGCUCGAAAAAGGUAGCCUCCCAGACUGGCGACCUACGCAAAGCAUUCGAAUUGAUCAAGCGCGCCAUCGACUUAGUGGAACAAGAAACCUUACAGAGACUCGAAAAGAAAGAAAACGCUUCUGAACCCCAAAGCAAAACCAUCCUUGUUGAAAACAAUAAUCUAUCCUCGAUCAGCAAAUGCGCAUCACCUGUUCCAAAUUCUAUGAAGAUCUACACAUCUAAUACAGCACCGCGAGCGAGUAUUGCGCAUGUUGCGCGCAUCACAUCCUCAGCUUUCGGCCAGGGCACUGUGCAGAGGCUCCAGGGUAUCAAUCUUCAACAGAAAGCCGCGAUCUGCGUAUUGAUUGCGCUUGAUCGACGACGCCGAGAGACAGAAGUCUCCAGUACUCCAUCCAAGAGCAGAAAUCUGGUACCCACAGUAAAGCAGGUCUAUGAUGCGUAUUGCACCCUGUGUCGGAAAGACAAUCUCCUGCACCCCCUCACAUCCACGGAGUUCAAAGACGUUCUUAGCAACCUGGAAACUAUGGGCCUCGUGGGUGAACAUCAAGGUCGCGGUCGAGGUGGCACAGUCGCCGGCGGAACUGAUAUUCGACGCUCUCCCUCGAAGCUUGGUGCUGGUCCCAUGACUCCUAGUCGCGCUCUAGACGAACAAUGUCUUGUGUGUUAUGUCUCGCAGAAGGAAAUCGAGAGCCAGAUAGCUGGACCAGGAGAAGGCAUCCUCCGCAGGUUGCUUUUGAGCCAACUUUAGGUCCCCAUUCAAACCUCGUAUCUUUUAGCGGCUGUUUAGCAAGCCCCCACGAGAUUUUUGCAACAAACUGUCUGUUCACGCGUUGAUUAGGAUGCAUUCGAGCUCCUACGACUCAUGAUUUUUCUUGGCAUUAGCGCAGCAGCACAUACCUCACAUAGCGUUUUAUACUUAGUCGCUUUACACUAUUUUGAAGACAAAUACAAGUAUACCUGUU